UGCCGAGGCCAUUCAUAACACAAUCAGCUCCUCUCCCUCAGAGCUGCUUGCUCUUUUGGGUUUGUUGUGCAUCUUUCAAACAGGCUCUGGUGGUUGAGCACUUGUCUUUUUGUUUGCCUGCCCUUGCUCUGCAUCAUGCAGAAACCUGAGAGAAUUUUGCUCUGGAACUUGAUGGCUGCAGUUUUUGCCUUGGGUCAAGCAUGGCCAAAUAUGAUGCUCAGUUCUCAGCCAACAGGCAGUGGUUUAAAGACAGGCUGUGUUGCUAAUCUGAUGAGGCUGACCCUGGAUUCAGCGCUAGCAGUGGGGAACCAGCUUGAAGUGGAAGCAAUCAAUGGCACCCAGUACAUCUUGUUGACACCCAGUCUAGCUGCUCAGUGUGGAUACAGCAUGGAGUCAGAUCCCUGGGGUAACGCCAGAAUUUAUACCUCUCUACUGGGCUGCUAUGUUAGCAAUAAGGAUGACGUGAUGUUCACUGUUGGUUUGAAACUCAAAAUCUACCACCACAGUCCCUCAGACGUGGCUAGCCAUGAUGUGGCACAGACCUGCAGCUACACCCGCUGGGCCCCCCGAGAAAUUCUCUGUGACAGGAACUACAUGGAAGUGUCAACAUACAUGGCUCCCCAAGCUGAAGCAAAGGGUCAAAAGAAAGUAGCCUCCCAACUGAACACCAUCCCUGAUCAGGCCUCUGAAAAAGUGACUGGGAUCUGGAAGAUAACAUUUUUCACUCCAGAGCCCAUGUCAAUGGUCCUGAAAGAAGCCCAACAAGCUGGUCACAGUGCCAUGACCACAUCUACCCGCCUGGUUAUGCGAAGUCCUUACAACACAGCUGAGACUUAUUCGGAGGAUGUUGCUGGUGUCCCCAUGGAAGUGUUGAAGGUCAGCAUCUACCACAAAGCUCAAGAUGGCCUAAAUGUAUUUAACUUGGCAGCUGCUUGUCCCACAGGCGGUGUCCUGUUUACUGGGAAACUAAUCUCUUGGCACGUUCCUCGCCGUGUGAUUCCUCUGUUGGAUGGCAGAAUCAGACUUGUAGAGAUGAACAUGGGUAUCAAUGGACAGAGGGUGGAUAAAGCUCAGAUGGCUGCAAGGGGGUACUCUCUGUCUACUACAGACUUCCACAUUGUUGUGGAGAUCCCAAUUGGAUCACCUGAUGGUUACUACAAGAGCCAUGCUCCAGACUACCAGUAUCACACCACGUACACUGUUGAGCCUAUGCUUGAAGUGCUCUGGAGGGCAGACCAAACUCGAGAGGACACAAGAUACAAAAUCUUGUUCCCUAUUACAACGCCACCAAUGCUUCAGCCUCCACACACUGAAGAUCGUACAAUUCCAGAAAUGAGGGAAUUCAGCCUUUAUGUUGGGACAUUUCUUGGUGAUGUGGUGCUGAGGAACAUCACAUUUGCAACUGGAGUCCUUACUGUAGAGGAGAGCAAUGCCAGAGGAUUCACUGUCCAGCAACAUGUCCUUGCCAAUGGCACAUUUGUCUUUUCUCUACAAGUUCCCUUUGAUGCUGAUGUUGUCUAUAAGCAUAAUCCAGAGCUCUUGGUAACUACAUACAGCCUCAAUGUAGCCUUUGGUUUUGUCAUUCUGCCUGAAGAAAUUCCAUUUGCCCACCCAGUGGAGUUCCAGGCAUCUCUUCAUGAUGUUGUACUGCCUACACUCACUGGCACUUGUGACCAAGAUCAGUUCUACAUCACUGUAAAAUAUGGCAACCAGGGAAAGAAUUUCAACACUAUGGUUGGUGGACUGGACUUGACCUCAGAGUUGGCCGAAGCCUACAAAUUUUACAGCAAUGCCACCCACUUCAGCAUUGCAGUGCCCUAUGCAGCCACAGGCACCUUGUUUGAGCUGAUUACCACAAAUUCAGUGAGAGCCCGACUAGAUGUACUGUUGUGGGACCCCAUUACCAACUGGAUUCUUUCUGACUUGUUCCUGGCCUGCUUCUUCCCCUUGCUGACAACCAGGUGCUACCCCAAUGGCACAAUCAGUGCUCUGGCUGUCAAAGUGGAAUCAGUGCCCAACCUUCACCCAAGCUGGCUGACGCUGAAGGACCGCUCCUGCACACCAAUUUUUAGCAAUGAUCAAUUUGCUCAGUUUACCUUCAGUGCUGACUCCUGUGGAACAACAAGAACUUUCUUUGACCACUACGUGCUGUACGAAAAUGAGAUCAGCCUGUACUACAGCGAAAAGGGAGCUGCCCGCACGUCACCUGUUGACCCUGCAUACAGGCAAACAGUCUCUUGCUACUAUGUGGUCAAUGACACACAAAUGGUUGCCUUCAAUGCAAAGUCAAGACGGUAUGAGCCAAAGGCAGCAAUUGGCUCUGGACACAUGAUUGUCCAAAUGAGGCUAGCAAUAGAUUCUUCUUAUCAAGACUUCUAUGAUGCUGAAGACUAUCCAGUGGAGAAAUACCUGAGGGAGCCUCUGUACUUUGAAGUGGAGUUGGUGAAGUCAACAGAUCCCCAUUUGGAGCUGAUCUUGGAGAACUGCUGGGCUACUCUUCAGGAAGAAAGGACCUCCCUCCCCAGCUGGGACAUUAUUGUUGACAGUUGUGCAUCCCCUGGCGACAGCUACACAACUGUCUUCCAUACUGUCUUGGUGGAUGACAGCGUUUCAGUCCCAUUCCACUAUAAGCGUUUCUCCAUGAAGAUGUUUGCCUUCAUUCAGGAGGAGCAGGUUUUGAAACAUGAGGUCUAUGUCCAUUGUGACUUGGUGAUCUGUGACACUACCAGCCCUGCAGAGGGCAUAUGCCAAGGCCAAUGUGCUAAUAGGGUUUUGAAGGGCACUCCAAAACAAACACAAAGGGGACGAAGAAGUACAAGCUCAACAAACCGAAAGCAGACUUCCUCUAGACCCAUUUUGUUGAACGGUUUUCAAUAAAGGCUUCUAAAAUA